GAGCCUUUUUCUCUCUCUGAGCUCGGGCUCCCAACAGAAAACAAAGCUAUCCAGGGAAUUCUCUGCCCCAUGGCUGUGGAGCUCUGCCACCUCCUCCUCGCCCUGGAACGGGAAGAUGGGAUUUGUCCGGCCUUUCCCACUCUGGGAGAAAAGGCAGGAAAAUUAGCCAAAGCUAUGGAAGAACUCGCUGCUGUGGCAAGGAGGCUGUCCGAGGAUUCCGGCGAUGAAGGGAGCACGGAGAUGUGUCCCGUGGGUGAAUCCCUGCUCCAGGCUGGGAGGGACGUGGUGCUGGCAGCAUUCCAGCUCCAGGAACAUCCAGAGAGCCCUCAGCACCGAGAGCACCUGGCAGCGGCCACCAGGAGGACUCUGAUGGAGACAGCAAAGAUCCUUCAGCUGGAAGAGGCUGCAGGGAUGAGGAGGAUCACUGGCGCUGCCAGCUGGCUCCUGGAAUGCCUGAGCGUGCUGCGGGAUGCCCGGGACACUCCAGGGCUGCUGGCUGCAUUCCAGGCCUUCUCUGAGGCCGUGCCCCUGCUGAGCCGCCUGACAGCCAAGCGCCUCCAGGAACUCGGAGAUUGUCCUGGAGGGAAGAGCUUGGCCCAGACCCUGCAGCUGCUCCACAAGUGCGUCUCACUCAUCCACACGGCCCUGACACAUUCCAGGGACAGCCAAGCUGACCUCUCCCGAGAUUCUGUUUUCCAGCUGACAGAGAGGACCAUCAGGGAGCUCCACUCUCUGCUCACGGAGCCCCAGGACAGGAGUGGGAUCUUCUCCCAGCAGAUGAGCAGGCUCCAGGCUCUCCUCUCCCACCCUGACCCCCUGCGCCUCUCCAAGGGCAGGUUCAGCUCCCACUUGGAAGCGGUCAUUCUCCAUGGAAUGCUGCUGGCAGAGUCAUCCAGGCUGGAUCUGCAGCUGGAGCUGGUGGAACAUUGCUGGGUCCUGCUGCAGCUGAGGAGGAGCAUCUGCAGCCGCAUGAGCCGGAGGGAGGGCCAGGGAGAACACGGACUGGAGCGGGAAUGUCACCGCUUGAGGGAGGAGCUGGAAAACCUGGACCGGGCAGCGCUCAGAGCCACGCUGUGCCAAAUCCUGGAUGGAUUCUUCGAGGAGAAGGAGCCCCUGAGGCAGCUGGUUGAAGGUGCCCUUAGCCUUGCCCAUUCAGGAUGUUGUCCAGCAGGACCAGGAGGAAUUUUAAGGAAGCUCCAGCCCCUCAUUGCUGCCUUCUUCGCUCAGGCCCAGCGGAUACUCCGAGCGGCCGAUCUGCUGCUGGCCAGGUGUGCCAAAGCCCAAACUGCCAGGGAAAUCCGGGAGGGCGUGGAGCACCUACGGAGCCUCCUGGCCAGCCUCCCCUCCCUGCUCAUGGAAACAAGUGGGAAUACCAUGGAGCAGCUCCAGGCCCUGUCCUGUGCCUGGGCCAGAGCCACCAACAACCUCCUGCGCUGCUUUGAGGAGACCAUCGGCAUGAGGGAAUUCCUUGAGUUAUCCAUCCUGGAGCUGGCCAAGCAAAAGGAAUGGUGUGAAGCAGCACUGGAAUGCUGGGAUCCCGAGGGAUUCUCCUGGCACACCGCUCGCCUCAUGGGCUGGGCGCGCUGGGUGGUGGGAGCCUCCACCCGGCACGUGGACAGCACCACGGAUCCCAUCUUCAGGAAUGGCUUGCUGGUGUGGGUGGAGCAAUUGGCCAAAUCCAUUGUGGAGCUGGGAGCAGUCACGGCCCUCAUUCCAGGAAGGUUUUCCUGCCUCCAAAGCCGGGAUGCUUUUUCCCAGGCAGCGAGCUCCCUGAUGGACUCUGCUCUCCAUGUCCAAGCCGGGCUGGACGGGUCCAACCACCCGGAGAUCCUCAGCCCGCUCCGGGAGCAAGUGCGGAGCACCAAGGUGGAAAAGGGGCUGGAGCUCAGCGCGUCCCACGCUGGGACACAAACCGGUGUGGAUGAGGCAGCGUUCCAAGGAGACAUCCAAAAUCAUCCACCUUCACCACCAGCUAACUUCCACCUGGAUCCAGGGAAAGGGGAUACACACCCUGUCAUCACAGCUCUCCUGGGAGCAUCCCGAGCCGGUGACAUGGAGACUGUCCGUGCUGCUUGCUCCAUCCUGCUGGAGCUCUCCGAUGGCUAUGUGGAAGCAGCACGGGAAGCGCUGCCUGUGGCUGAACCCCCCCAGCUCCAGCUGCUGGAGCAGCACUGGGAUAUCGAGGCACUUACCCCAAGGAUCAUCAGCCUGGCCACGGAAACGGCCCCCGGGCAGCUCCCUGCUCCAGGCAGGCUUCUCCAGAUGGCACUCAGGCUCUCGGGAAGGAUCCAGGAGACUCGGGAGUGCCUGGCAGCUGUGGCAGGCUCUUGGAAUGGUCUGGCCCAGCAGGUGCUUGGAUUUAUCCUGUCGGGUGACUUUCCAAGAGGGAAGCAGGCUUUGGAUGAGACCCUGCUGGGUUUAGCAGGAGCAGUGGAGGUGGCAGGGGACAUUGCAAGCACAGCCUGCAGAAGGGAAAAUCCCAAUCCCUCUCAUGUCCAGGAGAGCUUUCUGCAGCUCCAAGCCAAAUUUUCCCUGGCUCAGCUGAACACCAAAGGGUUCCUGGAGAAGGCAGUGUCCGUCAGGGAAUCCUGUGGGAUGGAAAAGGCCACGCUGGAGCUGCAUGGUGUCCGGUGGGCCAUUGGCAUGUGUGUCCUGCUGGAUGCCAUGGAUCGGUUCGUGGGCAGGGAUGUCCUGUUCCUGAGGGAGCUGAGCAGAGCUGUGAGGAACAAGGCUGGCCCACGGAGCCUCCUGGCUGCUGUGGCCGAGAAUUCCCUCAGGUUGCAGGAGGCUGCCCGGCUCUCCUACUUAUCCUGCCCUGGAGACCACGGUGCCAGAGAAAUCCUGGUGCUCCGGGAGGAGAUCCAGGUGCUCAUGGAAGCGCUGCUGGAUGUGUCCAACACCCUCCUGCUCUCCCCACUGCCUACCGCCAGCUUGGCCAUCCGCUUCGAGCUCCUGCAGAGGGACGUGGCCCUCAGGGCCAAGGCGUUGUUGCUCCACAUGGAAAGGGUCAACGUGGAACAGCUGCAGCUCAUCCAAGGCGUGGUUGGAGCAGCUCUGUCCAGCCUCACCCAAGAGGAGAGGCAGAGGAGCAAAGAAGAUUUUGAGGAGAAGGCAAAUCAGCUCACGGCUGAUGUCCAGAGGGUCAGAAACACUCUCCAGGGUGCUCUGGAGGCCGGUGCUCAACUUGCAUCGCAGCCUGACCUGCUAUCCAUGGCUGACCACCUCCUGCUCCUCACGGCUGACGUGGUAGGAAGCGCCCGGCAGCACUUCCAGAGCCACCAGGACCCUGGGAAUCCCUGCCAGGACCCUGGGGAUCCCCACCUGGAAGGCAUGGUGUGGUACUGGUCGGCCAAGGCACACUACCUUGUCACACAGCUCUGGGUUACCCAUGGAAUCGACAGGGACGUCCUGCGGUGCCUCACAAAAUGCCUGCAGCGGGAACGCUUCCCAGGAUCACCCAACAGCACAGCUGGACUCUCCCAAGAGCCAGAGCCCACUGAGGCAGCAGGAAUUCAUCCGUGCAGGAGCAGAGGAGCGAGUGGAACCAUGCAGGAAGAACAUCCAGGUGGAGGAGACCACUCGGCAUCGCUGUAUCCACACAUUCCAGGUUUGGAAUUUGCUCCAUUACUGUCUCGACAGCACCAGGAUGGCCCUUCCAGCACCUCCCCUGCAAAGCAGGAGAGAGGAAACUGUGACAACUGGCAAGGUGGCCCCAGCAAGGUGUCCCAGGUGACCCAGGACAUGGCCACGAGGAUGCUCCACAUGGCUCAGUUCCUGCGGAGGAAGGGCCCCAUUGCGAGCAAGGAGCAGUUUGUUGCCUGUGCCAGGCAAAUGGUUUCCGAUGGGCAGGUGGUCGUUAAGUUUGGGAACAUCCUCGCCAAGCACUGCCUGGACCAGAGAUGCUCCGUGGAGCUGCUCCGUGCCACCGAGCACACCCAAUCCAUCAGCAGCCAGCUCGGCAUCGUGGCCAGGGUGAAAGCAGUGACUGGGGAGAGCAGGGCCUCCUCUGAGCUGCUGCUCAGCAACGUGCAGAACCUCAUUCAAGCAGUCCAGCACGUCCUGAGGGCGGCCGAGGCGGCGUGUGUCAAAGGUUUGGGUCAACCCCCAGCAGACCCUGAAGAAGAAGAAGUUGCUGCUUUCUGCCAGCAGUGGAGGAAAAACCUGACACAGCACAGAGCCAAGGAGGCUUUAAAUUCCGACCGGGACGAAUUAGGGCUCCGGAAAACUCGAGGGGCAAAGGCUGAGCCCACCCUGAUAUCUCUGGUGCAAGAGCAACCCCCUCGGAGCAGGAAUGUUCCAAAGCAUCCCAAUCCUAGGAAAGGACAAACAGUUACGGACAGACAUCUGUAAAUCCAGAGAGGCUCCUUGACCCAGUGCCGCUGGAAGCAGAGGAGGAAUACUUUGCAGUGUGAAGGAUUCAUGCUGGAGGUUUUCAUCGUGGCAGGAAAAUCUUGGAACAGGCUCCAUGGGGAGGCCAGGAAUCUUCUGGUGAGUGUUUUACCCCCAGGUGGUGAGAUGGGAUGGACGGGGCUCUGGAGAAUCCCAAUUCAGUGGGAGGUGUCAGAGGUAUCCCUGCCCAUGGCAGGGGUGGAAUGGGAUGAGUUUAAGGUUCCUUCCCACCCAAACUAUUCCGGGAUUCUGUGAUCCAGAGAUGCUCAGGCUUUGUGCCAUCUUUCAGCCUUUCCUCCUUCACAUAUCCAGGGAUACAGCACUGGUGAGCAUUUUGUCUCACCUGCUGCCCCUGAGCCUGCAGAUUUCUUCCCAAAAUCCCACUCAGCCCCAGGAUUCUCUCCUAUCCAGAGUAAACAUUCAGUCCCCAAGAUCACCUACCUCACAGCUUCCAGAGUAUCCUAGACGGGUGACACUGCUGCUCCUGCAUCCUGGCUCUCCACAUCCAUCCUUCCAGCCUCAGGAUCACGAGCUGUCCGACGGAAACGCUGCUCCAUGUUGGAAUUCUGCAGGAGAGGUGGAAGGGAGCCUCCCCUGUGGAAUACACAAUCCAUCACCACAGCAGAUCACAACUGGCUCCAUGAUGGCUGUGGCCCAUUCCAGCCCACCUUGAUGUCCCACCUGCAUCCCAACCAGCUUCCCCAGACCGGGAAUUCCAUUACGUGCGUGGUAACAAGGAACCUCCUCCGUAUUCCGAGAAAAAGCAGCAGCAGGCACACUGCAGACUCUGGGAAGCCAUCUGCAAUGGAAAAAGCAGGAGAGGGAAGGAGGGAGGAAGGCAGAAAGGAAAUACACAUGGAGACAACAGGCUGGGAGGACUCGCAGGCCUUUGUAUCCAUGUCCUAUUUCCACACUGUUUUUCCCUGCUGGCUUGGUUUCUUUGAGGAAAACCUUGAGCAGCCACACCAGUGAGCAGAUGAAGAAGUAACAGACAGCUAAUAAAGGACUAAUGGGUUGCUCCAAAAUAACAACCCAGUUCCAUGUCUAUCCUCUACUUUUGCUACCAAAAAAAUCGUAAAAUUGAUGGAAUUCCUGCUCUGGCAUAUCAGGGAGGCAAACUGAAACCAUGAUUGCCUUCGGAGAUGCCUCCUCUGCUGUGCAGGAAUCACAGGUUUCUCUUAGCUCAUCCACGCAAGGCAAAACCUCAGAAUUUGGGAUAAACACUCUGCUGUCCCAGUGGAAACACCACUUGGCCAACAAACAAGAGGAAAAGGUCCAUGACCAUCACUUGGCCAAGGGAAAAACAAGAGGAAAAAGUCCACCAAGGAAGAGACUUAAAGCAGAGAAGCCUUCCAAAGGGGUGGGAAGCAGAUGAUUGAUUGAGCGGCCGGCACAUUUUUAUUGGGAAAGCAGCUGGCUAGGAAUGACCGCACUUCCUCUGGAGAAAGAGCAGCCCCAAAGGCAGGACAGGAGGUCUGCAGGACAGCUGUGCUCUCCCAUGCAAAACCUGGGGAAUUCAUGACAUGCAG